AUGGCAGAUGAUGAGACCAUGGACGACACGCCUCAACUGUCAGACACCGACGCCAGCGACGAUGAAUCCGAGGAUGCGCCCGUCGAAAGUCUAGUCGCUGGGAGAGAGCGGCGCAAGACCGCCGGCAACCGCUAUGACAGGGAUAUGGUCCUGGAGGAGACACGGGAUGCCGACGACCCCGACGAAGUCACGUUACUCUUCGCGGACGACCAGGAGGAGGAAGAUGAUGAGUUCAGGAGCGACGCCGAUGACGAGGACGCAGAUAUGUCGUCGAGUGACGAUGAAGACCAGGGCCCCAAUGCCGCGGCGGAAGAUCUCGAGGGCGAAAAGGAGUUGCAAAACCAGGCGAAACAAGAGAGGGCCAAGAAGCGCAAGGCGGAUCUGGCACUGACCAGCGUUGCUGGAGUGAGGAAGAAACUCAAGACCGACCCCACGAGGCGGCCGGCUGCUGCUGCAUUAUCUGCCCCUUCAAAGCCAUCGAAGAAAAAGGAACGAGUCACAUGGGUCCACGACGAGAAUUCCGGCCGAAGUUCCCUGCGCAAGCAGACGAUCGCUCACCGAGAAGAGACCAUUGCUCGCCUGAAGGAAAGCGAAGCCCAGAGCAAGAAGCUGAAAGCGUUGAAAGAAAAACGGGACAGGGAACGAGCAAAGGAUGCACCCAGGGAACUCACUCAAGCCGACCGGCUGGCAGAGGCGGCGAGGGUCGAGCGCCAGAAUGCCAAGAGCCUGAACCGAUGGGAGGCGAUGGAAAGGAAGCGGCAAGAAGAACAAGCCGCGAAGCUGGCGGCUCUGAAGGACAGGAAGCUGGAGGGCCCUGUCAUCAGCUGGUUAAGUCAGAAGGCGAAAUGGAUUCAGCCGGAUCCCAGCAAAAUUGCGACCAAAGAUGCCGCAGAGCCGCCUGGGCCGAAAAAACGUGGACGGAAAUCGAAAGCAGAGCUCGAAUUGAUCGCCGCAGAAAAGGCAUCAGAGUCGACAGCACUGCUCGCAGUGACCCCGACGACUACGUCUAUAUCGGCGCAACAAGACCCUCUCGCCCAGGGCCCAGCGCCAGAGAUGGUAUCUACGCCUGCUGCUGCUGCGGGACCUUCACAACCAGAGGUUAUGCCGCCUGCCUCUGAUAAACCCCAGGAAUCCUUUCUGAUGGGCAUCCAUGAAUAUGCCAAUCUGCAAGCGGACAGCAACGCCUCAGAGAGUAAGCCAGUCAGUCCUGCUCCACAACAACCCGACAUGGAACGGGACAGCGCGAUGAAGGAAGUGACGCAGCCAGAUAUAGAGAAACCCCUCGAAAAUGCACCCGAUCGUGUUGAUUCGCAGACCGACCCCUCCAGUGCAGCUGCCCAGCCAGCACCAAGACUGGAUCGUGGUGAAUCGCAGAUCGAGUCCCCUAGUGCAGCUGUCCAGCCAGCACCAAUCCAGACUAUCUCAGGCGAGGAUGCGGAAGGAGUCACUAUCAAGACAGAGGCGUCGACAGAGCAGACUCAACCACCCACACCCACAACUAUGCCCACACAUGCACCUCUCGAUCAAGGACAGGCCGCCCCGAUGCCUCUAGUGGUUGAACAUGUACCGGAACCCAAUGCUCCCCAAGUUGAGGAAGACUCUACGCGAAACCUCGUUAUCCUGGAGAAAUUCGACGAGCUCUCCAGCGAUGCCCGACAGGAGUACUCGUUCUUCUACAACAAGAAGGCGACCGUGCGAACAGGAAGAGCAGUGAAACAGAGCCAGGAACUCUGCUUGAUCACGGCUUUGCCCGUCCGGUAUCGAGACCCUUCCACCGGUAUCGCUUAUGCCAAUGCGGCUGCGUACAAGAAGCUCCAGGAGCUGAAAGAGCACAAAUACGUGUGGAGCAGCAUGCUUGGGUGCUAUGUCGGUCGAGAGCAUGGCAUCACGGCUCGUGGAGUGCCGGAGGGGUUUAGGUGA